AUGGAGAAGCAAUCCGCUGCCACCAGGUCCGAAUCGGAGCAGGCGGAGAAAGAAGUUAGGUUGCUCACAAAAGACAAGGCCAAGUUGCAGGAAGAUUUAGAGCAAGCUUCGAGAGAAGCGGAGUCACUGAAACAGGAGAUAGCGGUAGUGAAAGAGGAGGUGGAGACAUUGAAAGCGGAAAGACUAAACAACAGUUCCCGACUAAUGGAGUUGGACGCACACGAAAGAGAACUAGUUGCAAAACGAAAUGACAUCGAUCAAUCCAAGCGACAGGUAGACAUGCGGGCUACGGAGCUAGAUCGAACCCGACAAGAGUUAGACAUGCGGGCUACGGAGCUAGAUCGAUUGCAAAAAGAGCUAGACGCCCGAGAUGCGGAGCUUACUCGGGAGGAAGACCGGCUCAAAAAGCUGGAGCGUUUGAUGCUGGGAGAGAAGGAGACCCUUUUGGCAGAUCGGGACAAGCUGCUGGAAGAGAAAGAAGAGCUGGCGACACAGAAGCAGGACCUGAUGGAUGAACAAACGAAUACCAAAAGAAACCAUGACGACCUUCUUAAACGGAUGGCCAAGCUUGAUGAGCUCGUGUCAUUUGAUGCCCUGGAUGAGUUAUGGUCCGGGUUUUUGGAGGAGGGGAGUACUGCGGAUCUCGAGGUUCUGCGUGCUGUCCGGAGUGUCAUUCACAAGUUGUCGGUAGAGAGCCAAGCAUCAGUGAACCGGGAGAAGGAGAAGGAGGUAGAGCUGCGCAAGGCUCUGAACGUUGCGGAGGAAUCGCUGAAGCGAACCGAAGAGUCUAUGGACCGUGUUCGGGAGUCGUUGAAAGACGCCGAAGAGUCGGCGAGCAAUUUCAAGACGCGAUAUGAACAAGAGAAAGCGUUGCACAAAUCGGCUGUCCAAGCACUAGCAUCAUUCGAGAAGGAUACUUCCGGUGAAGAGACUAAAGAGGCUUAUCAGCAAGCUUUGCUUGGUCAGAAACAGGAGUUCGAACGAGCGAAAGAAAUGCUCGAAAAACGACUAUCAGGAUCCAGGCGGGCUAUUAUUGAAUUGGAGACCGAGAACGGUCGCAAGGGUCUGAAGCUCCAGGAGCUUGAAGCGAUAAUUGAGCAACAAAGACAAUCUAUCGAGGACUACGAAGAACAGAACCAGCGCAAGAAGGGCUGGUUUUGGUGA